CCGCCGCCGCUCCUCCCCCUCUUCCGGCAACGAGGGGAUCGGACGGACAGAUGGAGGUGGCGACGGUGUUCCUGGAGACGAGCCUGGGCACCCGCCUCGCCGUCUCAUUCCCCGCCUCCGCCACCACCGUCGCCGACCUCAAGCAACAGAACAGAUGAGAUGACAAAACCCUAUCUUAAUUACCAAUUUCCCUUUUGCUUUUGGGGUUUUUUUAUUUACAGGGAGCGUAAGCGAUGAACACGCCGCAGCUUUCCCCCACAUCGGCCACAUCGCCGUCCAAGCCAUCAAGGUCCCCCCUCAAUCUUUCUUCUUAUGUGGUGUGGCCUAAUGAUCCAAGAAAGCGCAGGUGAAGCAGGGAGGCUCCUUGUACCUCCUCACCGACUCCAUGGCCGUCCGGGAUGCUUUCCGCGGGGUCACCGGCGCAUGGCACCUCCAACUCCAGGUCCAUGCUCUGCCUCGCCCUCGCCCUGCUCUUCAUCAACAAAUGCCUCAAGUGCCACACGGCUGUAACUGCAAAUGUUCCUCUCAACCUUGUGUGCCUGCUUGCCACCAACUUGAGUGUGAGGAGGGGUCACCAACAAGCAGGAGCUUUGCUGCUAAUUUGGGAUGCCGAAAGAGAUCGGCCUGUGAGAUGCUCACUCAUCAGCAGGCUCAACUUGAAGCCACCCACACUGAAAGUGAAAGUGAAAGGGCACCCCCACCCCGGGAGAAGCAUAGGGCGCCUGCUGCUGAUUCUGAUUCUGAUUUUGAUUUUGGCCUUCUCUCUGUCCACAAUGAACCAUGCAGCAGCAUAGCUGGGAACAUGUGCAAUGCUGCAAACAGCAAGCAAGAUGCACCUUGUGUUGAGGAACUCAACCAUGUUGGUGAUCCUUGUUCAGAAAUGCAACUUGAGGAAAAGGAAGUUGAUUCUUCUUCACAACAAGAAGCAAUGCAGCACAAUGUUGAGCAAAAGGAGCCGCUGACAGCAACUUUGCUGUGCGGCGGCGAAACAAGAAGCAAUGGCACUCAUCUUCCACCACCUUGUGCCGCCGAUCCCACCAAAGAAGGCGAUUCUUCAGAAGAAGAAGCAAUAAAACACAAAGUUGAAGAAAAAGUGUGCAACAGCGAAAGCAGCAGCAACUGGACUGACCCUUCACCUGGCGACGAGUCCAUGAACGAAGAUGAUUCUUCAGAAAAUGAAGUAAUGCAACAUGAAGCUGAGGAAAAGGAGCCAUGGACUGACAGUGUAUGCAAAGGGGGAGGAAGCAGCCACUGGAAUGAUCCAAUUGAAUGGACAGACGCAGAACAGAGGGCAUGGGAGAUGGCAUUGAAGAAAAGAAGGCGGCCGAGGACCGCAGUGCGCAAAAUGCCAAACAGUAGGGCAGCCAAGCUGUAUGGCUACAGCUGAAGAGGAUAUGAGCGGUGGCAUCGCAUUUUGGGUUGGAAACUAGCAAGGGGUUGAUGCAUGGUGAUGGCCAUUGUGUUUGUUGUUGCUAAAACAACUGCGGUUGGUAGGUUUGCUUGUUUUGGUAUUUCUUCACAAAACAAAAGACAAUUCCGUGUUGGUUUGAUAGACUGAGAUUGGUGGUGUAUGUAUGGAAUGUUGAGUGUUGCUGGUUCAUCAAAUCAGACUUGAUUGGUGGUGUAUGUAUUUA